ACAGACUGACUGCAUUUUGUAAAAAGAAGAAGGUAAACAACAGCAGGAGAGAAAAACUGUUGAAAUGCUGCUAUAUAGAGACAGAACAGAUUUAUGAAUGAAGUUUGAUUGAUAUUCUUCAUUGUUGAGACAGACUGUUGCAUUGCACCCCGGACAACUACUCCCAUCAUCCAUCGCGCUGAUUGAGUCAGCACCUGUGGCCAAUCAGGCACGCUAUAGAAGCUCCGGACUUUCCCUCUGUAAGUCCCUCUUCUUAAUGAGGAUAGAGAGUUUCAGCAUUUCUAGAGGCCACCAGUGUGUUGAAGAGUGAAGAGCUGAAGAGUGACAUCCAUGGAGAAACUCCCUGAUCUCAGUGAUGGAGCAAUGACCUCUGACCCUCACACUGCUUGUAAAAUGAAUCUCUGUGAGAAGACAGAGCAGGAGGAGGAGGAUGUUUGCACACAUAAAGCAGCAUCUCCAGAACCCAGCUGUGUGUCUAUGAAGAGUGACAAAUCCAUGGAUCAUCCCAUAGAUCUCAGUGAUGAAGCAGUGACCUCUGACCCUGAAGUGAAGAGAGAUGAGGUGAAGAGAUCAUUGACGCCUAGUCAGACUCAUCUGAUUAAUACCCAUCACAAAACCAGCAUGAAGAACAAAUAUGAGAGUUUAUUUGAGGGAAUCAAACUGCAGGAGAAUCAAACCCUCCUGAACAGGAUAUACACACAGCUCUACAUCAUAGAGGGAGAGAGUGAAGGAGUUAAUGAAGAACAUGAGGUUUUACAGAUGGAGAAAUCACUCAGAACACAAGACACUCCAAUCUACUGCAAUGACAUCUUUAAACCCUUACAUCAACCAGGAUGUGAGGAGAAAGACAAAAUCAAGACUGUUCUUACUAAAGGCAUUGCUGGGAUUGGAAAAACUGUCUCUGUGCAGAAGUUUAUUCUGGACUGGACUGAAGGAAAAGCCAAUCAGGAUGUAGAUUUCAUGUUUGUGCUUACAUUUCGAGAGCUGAACUUGAUUAAAGAUCACCAGUACAGUCUUCACAGACUUCUGCUGGACUUUCAUCCUGAACUUCAAGAUCUAGACUCAAAGAUUUAUGAGGAGUGUAAAAUUGUUUUCAUCUUUGAUGGUCUGGAUGAAAGCAGAAUCACACUGAUGUUUUCAGAUGAUGAGAAAGUUUGUGAUGUGAAUGAGUCUUCAACAGUGGGUGUGUUGAUGUCAAACCUCAUCAGAGGAGAGCUGCUUUCCUCUGCUCUUAUCUGGAUCACCUCCAGACCAGCAGCGGCCAAUCAGAUCCCCUCAAAAUACAUCAACCGAGUGACAGAAAUUCAGGGAUUCAAUGAGCCUCAGAAGGAGGAAUAUUUCAGGAGGAGAAUCAGUGAUGAGCAUCAAGCCAACAGAAUCAUCUCACACAUUAGAAGAUCAAGAAGCCUCAACAUCAUGUGUCACAUACCCGUCUUCUGCUGGAUCUCAGCCACUGUGCUUCAAAACCUCCUGAAACAAGAUGAGAGUGCAGAAAUCCCUCAAACUCUGACUGAAAUGUACAUCCACUUCCUGCUGACUCAGAUCAAUAUAAGGAAUCAGAAGUAUGAUGAGAGAGAUCCAGAGAAACUCCUGCAAUCCAACAGAGAUGUGAUUGUGAAAUUUGCUGAACUGGCUUUCAGGCAGCUGAUGAAGGGUAAUGUGAUUUUCUAUGAGGAGGACCUGAUUGAGAGCGGCAUAGAUGUUACUGACACCUUAGUGUAUUCUGGGAUUUGCACUGAGAUCUUUAAGCAGGAAUCUGUGAUUCAUCAGAGGAAAGUAUACUGCUUCAUACAUCUGAGCUUUCAGGAAUUUCUAGCUGCUUUCUUUGUGUUUUACUCCUAUGUAGUCAAGAAUAAGAAAUCACUUAUGUUGUUUCUGAGUGAACAGUAUAAGAGGUACAGUCGGGGAAACUCUAUGUAUGACCUAUUAAAAAUAGCAGUUAAUAAAUCUUUAAAGAGUGAAAAUGGACACCUGGAUCUUUUCCUGCGGUUCCUGCUAGGCAUCUCAUUGGAGUCCAAUCAGAGAAUCUUACAGGAUAUACUGACACAUACAGUGAACAGCUCAGAGAGUAUCAAUAAAAUUACACAGUACAUUAAAGACAGAAUCAAGGGUGCUGAACGUCUCUCAGCUGACAGAAGCAUCAAUCUGUUCCUCUGUUUGCUGGAAAUGAAGCAUCAGACUCUGUACAGAGAAAUUCAGGAGUUUGUAAAAACAGAGAAUCACUCAGUGAAAGAACUCUCUUCAUCUCACUGCUCAACAAUCGCCUACAUGCUUCAAAUAUCAGAGGAGGUGCUGGAUGGGUUUGAUCUCAAGAAAUACAACACAUCAGAUGAGGGUAGAAGGAGACUGUUACCAGCUGUGGUGAACUGCAGAAAAGCUCUACUUGCUGACUGUAAUCUGACUGGCCAGUGCUGUGAAAGUUUGUCUUCAUCUCUACAAUCAUUAAACUCCACGGUAAGAGAGCUAGACCUAAGCAACAAUGACCUGCAGGAUUCAGGAGUAAAGCUACUCUCUGAUGGACUGAAGAGUUCAUGCUGUCAACUCAGCAUACUGAGACUUGCUGCCUGUAAACUCACUGAUCAGUGCUGUGAAAGUUUGUCUUCAUCUCUACAAACAUCAAACUCCUCACUGAGAGAGUUGGACCUGAGUCAUAAUGACCUGCAGGAUUCAGGAGUGCAGCUGCUUUCUGAUGGACUGAGGAGUUCCCACUGUCAACUUAACAUACUGAGGUUAUCUGGCUGUAUGGUGACAGAGCAAGGCUGUUUUUUUCUGGCUUCAGCUUUGAGUUCAAACCCCUCACACCUGAGAGAGCUGGAUCUAAGCUACAAUCACCCAGGACAAUCAUUAGUCAAGCUGCUGUCUGAUUCAAACUACAGACUGAACAAACUCAAUGUGGAUAAUGGUGGAGAGUUCAGGAUUACAGCAGGACUACAGAAAUAUGCAUGUGAUCUCACACUGGAUUUGAACACUGCACAUACUCGACUUGCUCUGUCUGAAAGAAACAGGAAGGUGACUUGUGUAGUAGAGAACCAGCUGUAUCCUGAUCAUCCAGACAGAUUUGAUGACUGUCAUCAGAUUCUGUGCAGAGAGAGUCUGACUGGACGCUGUUACUGGGAGGCUGAAUCGACUGGGUUGGGGGUUUAUAUAUCAGUGACAUAUAAAGGUAUCAGAAGGAAAGGAUGGAGUGAAGACUGCUGGUUUGGAUUCAAUGAAAAUUCCUGGAGUCUGAACUGUGGUCAUAAUAAUUUGUCUGUCAGACACAAUAAUAAGAUCACAUAUAAAUCUGCCCUUUUACAUCGCUCUAACAGAGUAGGAGUGUAUUUGGACUGGCUGGCUGGCCGUCUGUCCUUCUACAGUGUCUCUGACACACACAAACUCACACACUUAUACACAUUCAACACCACAUUCACUGAACCGCUCUAUGCUGGAUUUGAGAUUUAUUCUGAUAGUUCAGUGUCUCUGUGUGACAUGAAACAGCAGUGAGAAACAACUGAGACACAUAGUUGAGUGAAAGAAACACUCACAUUAUCUUUAACUCACAUAGCUGUAAACUCUUUCUCUCUUCUAAUCUUAUUUAUGAAUAUAGAAUUAUUUAUGUGAAUAGAAUCACACAUGCUGAAUUUGGUCUAAAUGAGAUACCACAGAUUCCUGAUGUGUUUUAAUAAAGUCAUUUGUGGAACUCGUCUUCCACUCCAUGUGUAUUAAUUUAAUCCUCAAAUUACCUUUA